GCAAGUGGUGACGCAAUGGUGUAGGUGAUAUUUUUUGAAGAGGUGGUCUGAUGCGUCAGUGGAGAUUAGGCCAAAAUUUUCGGUAACCACUGAGUAAUCUAAUAAAAUACAACACAACGGAAACUCCGAAGAAAAAUAUGAAUUUCUUCGGAGUUUCCAUUGUAUUGUAUUUUGUUUGAUGUAUGAUGCAAUAGUCUCAUGACGCGCAUACUACUUCUCAGAUUACUGUCACCGCACGUAGCUCUGCGUAGCAGACCAGUGAUAUAACGACACAUCAUCACAGUAUUUCCUUUCAGAACCAACAAAGAAACUCUGUAUAAACAAACAUGUCAAAAGCGUAGUCAGAAAAGCGAACGCUUUCUCGAGUCUGUUUCGAAGAGAAAUGGCGAGACGACGUUCAUUCGGCGGAUAUGAAGAGGACAGGUUUGAAAACGAAGUAGACAGUACAUUACUGUGCCCUAUUUGUAGUAACGUUUUAAAAGACCCAGUCCAAUGCCCAAAUGAGCAUUAUUGCUGCCGCUCGUGUAUUGUAAAGCAUUUGCACGAAAACUCCGAAACGUGUCCGACGUGUCAACACCAUCUGACGCAAGAAACUUUGAGCAAACCACCGAGACUUUUGACGAAUAUGUUGCAGAACCUCAAAAUUCGCUGUGAUCACGCCAAGCGCGGUUGUCAAGAAUUGAUGAAGCUUGAAUUUCUUGAUCGCCAUGUUAAAAGCUGUGGCUAUUCACCAACACGUUGUACAAACUCUGGCUGUUCUCAAAUCAUCAACCAACACGAGAAAGAACGACAUGAGAAUGAACUUUGUCGUUUUCGUUUGAUUGUUUGUGACGAUUGUAAACAACAAGUGUCAUGGAACUCAAGUCAUGUUCAUCCCUGCUUCAUGAGGAAAGAAAUGGACAAAUUGGCGAGAAAGAGAGAGAACGAUACGAGGGAAAUCAAGGAUGAAGUAAAGCAAGUGAAGCUGACUCAAGAAGAGUUUAUUCAGAAUCUGAUGGACCACGUUGCCAGACAAAAUGAUGUCAUUGAUGAUCUAUGCCACAGAAUGAAUCACAUGAAAGCAGAAAUAGAAUGGAAUGCAAAAGAAGCAAGCGAACGAUGUGAUUUAUUCACUGGAAGACAGAAGAUUUUCGUUUGUGGAGGGAAUGACCGUAAGACUAACUUUAAUUCCGUAGAGUCAUACAGCUGGCCUGCGAAUUCCUGGACUGUGGAACCAGCAAUGAAGACGAAACGAGCAGGCCCUUCAGCAUUUGUCCACGAGCGGCAAAUAUAUGUCAGUGGCGGGUGGACUGGAUCCGAGAAGACUGACACUAUUGAAAGUCUGAAUGUUGACGAGGAGAACUUGGAAUGGAUUCAGUCUCCUCUCAAAAUGCCAAGUAAGUGUAAUGGACACAAAAUGGUUUCUCACGAGAACAGUGUGAUUUUAACUGGUGGACGUGACGGUGACAAUGUUUUAGACGGGAUUUACGAAAUUAAACUAAAUCCUCCAUACACCUCCAAAUUAUUAACCCAGAUGCUGGAGCCAAGAUGUAACCAUGGUUGUCAAAUUAUUGACAACCAGGUUGUGGUUGCGGGAGGAAAGUCAUCAAAAAACCUCAACGACGCUAAAAACACUGUGUAUGCAUAUGACCUGAACAAUAACGAAUGUAAAACCUUACCACCACUGCCUUCUCCUAUCACUGAUAUGGCUAGUGUUAGUUAUAAAGGUAAUGUAAUUUUAAUCGGAGGUGUUAAUGAGAAAGGUCAAACAUUAAACAGUGUAGUAAUGUAUGAUGUGAAAACAGGAAAAAUUAAAAUGUUACCUUGUCUUAGUCAUAAAAGAGCAGGAAGUGCAGCAGUUAUCACUGGCAAUGUUAUCAUUGUUAUUGGCGGGUAUAAUCAUGAAACUGAAACAAGACUCAGUUCUGUUGAGUGUUUAGAUUUAAGCAGCAAUGUAUGGAAAGAACUGUCACCAAUGACAACUAAACGAGGUUAUACAACUGCAGUUAUUAAACCAUUUUCAUAGAAUGUAUCAAUUGAACUUUGAGACAAAACUGUUUAUGAAGAAUACCAACGUAAUCCUACAAUAUCAUCAUUUUGUACAGUUUGUGAGGUAUACUUAUUAUAAAAAUCAAAGACUGUUAUUUCACUACUUAAUACAUAAUAAAAUGUAUUGAUUGAACAUUGUCUCACCUUUUCUCAAACUAAUUUCUACACAAUGGUUACGUUUAUCAGUUCUAAAUUGUUCUCUCUAAAGGUCCAGUAAGGAUCAUCUCUUAUUGAUCCAGUGUUACUACAGGAGAAAACCUAAACUAAACUAACUUUAUUUAUACUGGAUAGGUCUAUCAGUUCUAAACUGUUCUUCCUAGAGGUCCAGUAAGGAUCAUCUCUUAUUGAUCCAGUGUUACUACAGGAGGAAACCUAAACUAAACUAACUUUAUUUAUACUGGAUAGGUCUAUCAGUUCUAAACUGUUCUUCCUAGAGGUCCAGUAAGGAUCAUCUCUUAUUGAUCCAGUGUUACUACAGGAGGAAACCUAAACUAAACUAACUUUAUUUAUACUGGAUAACUCUAUCAGUUCUAAACUGUUCUCUCUAAAGGUCCAGUAAGGAUCAUCUCUUAUUGAUCCAGUGUUAGUACAGGAGGAAACCUAAACUAAACUAACUUAAUUUAUACUGGA